AUGGAGACUACCACAAAGUCCAAUGGUUCUUCCAAUAAGACCCCUGAUAAGAUCCCUGUUGCUGCUCACCCACUAGCAGAAGAUCCAACAGAUAUUGCAUCCAAUAUCAAGUAUCAUUCUCAAUACAGUCCACAUUUUUCUCCUAUCAAAUUUGAGCCUGAGCAAGCAUACUAUGCAGCUGCAGAGAGUGUUCGUGAUCGCCUGAUACAACAAUGGAAUGAGACCUAUCUUCAUUAUCACAAAGUUGAUCCAAAACAAACAUACUACUUAUCCAUGGAGUUUCUUCAAGGGCGAGCAUUGACUAAUGCCAUUGGGAAUCUUGAUAUUCAAGAUGCAUAUUCCAGUGCUUUGAACAAACUGGGACAUGAACUUGAAGAAAUCACUGAGCAGGAGAAAGAUAUGGCACUUGGGAAUGGUGGUUUAGGGAGACUUGCAUCUUGCUUUUUGGACUCCAUGGCAACUUUAAACCUACCAGCAUGGGGGUAUGGUUUAAGGUACAGGUAUGGCCUCUUCAAACAGAGCAUUUCUAAAGCAGGGCAAGAAGAAAUGGCAGAAGAUUGGCUCGAGAAGUUUAGUCCUUGGGAAGUUGUCAGGCACGAUGUUGUGUUUCCUGUCAGAUUCUUUGGUCGUGUUGAAGUCCUCCCCACAGGAUCCCGAAAAUGGGUUGAUGGAGAGGUUCUACAGGCCCUAGCAUAUGACAUCCCAAUUCCUGGAUACAAAACUAAAAACACAAAUAGUCUUCGCCUUUGGGAAGCCAAAGCAAGUGCUCGGGACUUCAACUUGUUUCAGUUUAAUGAUGGACAAUAUCAGUCUGCUGCUGAGCUACAUGCUAGAGCUCAACAGAUUUGUGCUGUUCUUUAUCCUGGAGAUGCUACAGAAGAAGGAAAACUUCUUAGACUAAAGCAACAAUUUUUCCUAUGCAGUGCAUCACUGCAGGACAUUAUUUCAAGAUUCAAGGAAAGAAAAGAAGGAAGAAAACGGGAGUGGUCAGAGUUUCCUACAAAGGUUGCAGUGCAACUGAAUGACACACAUCCUACUCUUGCAAUACCAGAACUUAUGAGAUUGUUGAUGGAUGAAGAAGGGCUAGGGUGGGAUGAAGCCUGGGAUGUGACUUCAAGGUCAAUUGCUUAUACAAAUCACACUGUUCUUCCUGAGGCAUUGGAGAAAUGGUCACAAGUUGUGAUGUCAAAGCUUCUUCCUCGCCACAUGGAAAUUAUAGAAGAAAUUGACAAACGGUUUAUUGCGAUGAUAAAGUCAACACGUCCUGACCUUGAGAAUAAGAUUUCUGAUAUGCGGAUUUUGGAUCAUAACCCAAAUAAGCCGGUUGUCCGCAUGGCAAACUUGUGUGUGGUUUCUGGGCAUACGGUUAAUGGUGUAGCACAAUUGCACAGUGACAUCUUAAAGGCAGAGUUAUUUGCAGAUUAUGUGUCAAUAUGGCCAAACAAGUUCCAAAAUAAGACCAAUGGCAUUACUCCUAGACGUUGGCUCAGAUUUUGUAGUCCUGAACUUAGUCAGAUCAUAACAAAAUGGUUAAAAACAGACAAGUGGGUCACCAACCUAGACCUACUUGUGGGUCUGCGGGAGUUUGCUGACAAUCCAGAACUUCAAGCUGAAUGGGAGUCAGCCAAAAUGGCCAACAAACAGAGAUUAGCACAGUACAUACUGAAAGUAACAGGCGAAACAAUUGACCCAAAUACCCUUUUCGACAUUCAAGUGAAGCGCAUCCAUGAAUAUAAAAGACAGCUGUUGAAUAUCUUGGGUGCUGUUUAUAGGUACAAGAAACUAAAGGAAAUGAGCCCUGAAGAGCGAAAAGCCACAACACCAAGGACAAUCAUGAUUGGAGGGAAAGCAUUUGCAACAUAUACAAAUGCUAAAAGAAUAGUCAAACUUGUGGAUGAUGUUGGUGCUGUUGUGAACACCGAUCCUGAAGUUAAUGAAUACUUGAAGGUGGUUUUUGUGCCUAAUUACAAUGUAUCUGUGGCGGAGGUACUUAUACCAGGAAGUGAGCUGUCACAACAUAUAAGUACAGCUGGCAUGGAAGCUAGUGGGACAAGUAAUAUGAAAUUUGCACUUAAUGGAUGCCUGAUUAUAGGAACAUUAGAUGGGGCUAAUGUUGAAAUCAGGGAGGAAGUUGGAGAGGACAAUUUUUUCCUUUUUGGAGCAACAGCAGAUGAAGUUCCCAAGCUCAGGAAAGACCGAGAAAAUGGACUGUUUAAACCGGAUCCUCGAUACGAAGAGGCUAAAGAAUUCAUAAGAUCAAAGGCGUUUGGAAACUAUGACUACAACCCACUUCUUGAUUCUCUAGAAGGAAACUCAGGGUAUGGGCGUGGGGACUACUUUCUUGUUGGACAUGACUUCCCAACCUACAUAGACAUUCAAGCUAAAGUGGAUGAAGCAUAUAAGGAUAGGAAAAGAUGGAUAAAGAUGUCGAUUUUGAGCACAGCUGGCAGUGGGAAGUUUAGUAGUGACAGAACAAUCUCUCAGUAUGCAAAGGAGAUUUGGAAGAUAGAGGAAUGCCCUGUGCCAUAAUAAUAAUAAUAAUUGCAUAGCUCCAGCCUCCACCUCAAGUGGUAACGUAUUUUAGCUACUUUUUAGAAAAGUAUAGUGGCAAAGAAAGAUGGUUGGAUACUUGGAUAUAAUAAAUAAGUUUCAUUUCAUGUUUAUAUUGUUUAUUAUGUAUUUUUCUAUAUUAUGUAAAUAAAGUACUUGGUAUGCCUAUAAGAGACCGAAUUUGUUUGCAUUUAUCACCCC